UCGGAGGACGGCGGCGGUGGUGGAGGCAGCAGUAGCGGUGCUCCAGUACUACACUCAUAUUGUUGAGCUGGACAGCGCUCUGUCCACUCAGAGCACCAGUGCAGGACCUUGGACAGGACAUCAUCACAGGACAGUGGGAGCUACUGACACCCUUCAGCUGUUCUUCUUCUUCUUCUUCUUCAGGACAUCCUCCUGCGGGACCUCCCUCUCUUCUUUUCUGCCGGGGCUCGUUGUGUUCUCGGGAACGGUGUGGAUUUGUCAUGGGGCUGGGGGAGAGGGGUGCAAGGACAGCAUGGAGAGCGAGCGUCCCCGGCGUGUGGAGACUACUGUUACUGUGCUGUGGGAUCCACAGCGUUACCACUCAGACCUCAGGGGACAGCAGGUCACUAUACUUCUGGGAGACAGGUCCGUGGGGGAGGUGUAUGGGCAGCGAGUGCGGCCCCGGAGGCAGCCAGAGCCGAGCGGUUUGGUGUGCCCAUGUAGAAGGCUGGACCACGCUGCCCACCAACUGCCAGCAGGCAUCGCGGCCUGCCAACCAGCAGAGCUGCUUCCGGGUGUGCGACUGGCACAGGGAGCUUUACGACUGGCGGCUGGGCGACUGGAACCGCUGUGAGCCUGUCUUGCCUCGAGGUGGUGGGCUGCGCUCGGGACCUUGUCCGAGGGGCGGGGAGGGCAUCCAGAGACGUGAGGUGAGCUGUGUCCUGAAGGCCGAAGGUACGCCUGCCGACAACGCCAUCUGUGAAUACUUUGAGCCGCAGCCUCGUCUGGAGCAGGCCUGCUUGAUCCCGUGCCCGCGGGACUGUGUUGUAUCCCGCUUCAGCCCCUGGACGGCCUGCUCCAAGACCUGUGGCCUGGGUCUACAAAACCGUGUACGCUCCGUCCUAGCACCUCCGCUGUUCGGCGGUCUACCCUGCCCCAACCUCACAGAGUUUCGCACCUGUGCACCCAGGCCCUGCGAAGGCCGCGAGACGCUCUUCAACCUACGGGUGGGUGGCUGGGGAGACUGUGGACUGCUUCCAGCUCCCCCUGAGCUCUCAGAAGCUUCAGAAGCCUCAGAGCCCCCCGAGGACCCUUCGCUUCCACCAGCCCAGCGAGCCACCCGCCAGGCCCGCCGCAGGAAGAGCAAAGAGCGCAAGCUGGCCAAGGACCCGGAAACACGCGAGCUGAUCAAGAGCAAGAGGAACCGCAACAGACUGAAUCGACAAGAGAGCAACUUGUGGAAUAUUGAGGUGGGAUACCGGGCGAGGCAGGUGGUCUGCGUCCACCGCAACGGGAGCACCGUGGCGCUCAGCCAGUGCCCCCACUGGAGCCUUCCGGACAUGUACCAGUCCUGCCUGAUGCCCAAAGACUGUGUGGUGAGUGAGUGGGGGCAGUGGGGUCCCUGCUCGAAGACCUGUGCGGACCCCAGCAUCACCAAGGGCACCCGCACUCGCAGCAGACAGGUCCAGCAGCUUCCUGUGGGCGGAGGAGCAGAGUGCCCCCUGCUGGAGGACAGCCAGGAGUGUGAACCUGUAGGAGACGGCAUCCCACCCUGCGCCACCUACACCUGGAGGACCACGGAGUGGGGCGAGUGCCGCGUGGACGCGUUGCUAAGCCAACAGGACCGGCGCCGUGGCAACCAGACGGGCCUGUGCGGGGGCGGCCUGCAGACGAGGGAGGUGUACUGCGUUCAGUCCAACGCUGAGCUGCUGUCGUACCUGAGCGUCAACCAGGCCAAGACAGAAGGCCAGCCUGUGACCAGUCCGAAGCCUAGUGCCCCGCCCCUCCUGUCCAUCACAUACGAGAUCACAGCUUCCCAGCCGGUGGACAGUCAGCUGUGUGUGGGGCCGGUGCCAAGUACCAACCAGCUGUGCCACAUCUCGUGCCCUAUGGAGUGUGAGGUCUCUCCCUGGUGGGCCUGGGGACCGUGUACCUUUGAAAACUGCAACGACCAAUCAGUGAAGAAAGGAUUCAAGUUUCGAAGGCGAAAGAUCACAAACUACCCAACGGGUGGAGAGGGAGACUGCCCCCACCUGGUGGAGGCCAUACCCUGCGAGGAGCCCAGCUGUUUCGACUGGCAGCUGGUGAAGUUAGACGAGUGCGUCCCCGACGAGGAGAUGGACUGUGGCCCAGGAACUCAGGCCCCUCAGGCUCGCUGCGUCAACAGUGAUGGUAAGGAGGUUGAUAAGGAGCUGUGUGACGAGGCGUUGUUCCCGGCCGCUGUGCCCUGCGUGGUUCCCUGCCCCAAAGACUGUGUCCUCAGCCCCUGGACCCCCUGGUCCACCUGCUCCCAGACCUGCUCCAGCAAAACAGCCGAGGGCAAGCAGAUGAGGACCAGAGCCAUCCUGGCCUACAACGCUGGAGAGGGAGGAGCCAACUGUCCAAACACGAGCGCCCUGCAGGAAACCAGGAACUGUAACGAACACGCCUGCAUCGUCUACCACUGGCAGACCGGCCCCUGGGGGCCCUGUACCGAGGACACAUCCGUCACCACACUCAACUCCACAGCCGCCAGCUCCAAACCUGCUCCCUCCGGAUCAGAGAAGCCUUCCUGCGCCACGGGCAUGCAGACCCGCAAGGUCAUCUGCGUCAAAGUCAACGUGGGACAAGUCCCUCCAAAAAAAUGUCCAGAUGGUCCUCGGCCGGCGUCAGUGAGGUCGUGUGUGUUGCCCUGUAAGAAGGACUGCAUAGUAACGGCAUUCAGUGAAUGGACUUCCUGCCCAACAUCCUGCGAACCAGGUACCGUUGGCCAGAAGAACAAGCAGAGCCGAUUCCGUGUGAUCAUCCAGAAACCCGCCAACGGUGGUCUGGACUGCCCCGAGACUCUGUAUGAAGAGAAAGACUGUGCAAGUCCCCCUCCAAACCCAGCCUGCCCUGUGUUCAGGUGGAAGACUCACAAGUGGCGCCGCUGUCAGUUGGUUCCAUGGAGCAUCCGGCAGAACAGCCGAGGAGCUCAGGAGGGGUGUGGGGCGGGGCUCCAGACCAGAGCGGUCUCAUGUCGGCAGCUGGACGGGUCAAUAGCAGACAUAGGCCGGUGUCUGAAGUUUGCCAGCUCCAUGCCAGCCAUAAACCAACCGUGCCAGCUGCCGUGCCGAGACGACUGCCAGCUCACCAGCUGGUCCAAAUUCUCCCCCUGCACGGCGGACUGCGUGGGGGUCCGCACUCGGAAAAGGGCUCUAGUGGGGAAGAGUAAGAAGAGGGAUAAGUGUAAGAACAGUCAGAUGUAUCCGCUGAGCGAGACGCAGUACUGCCCCUGCAACAAGUACAACGCCCAGCCCGUGGGUAACUGGUCGGACUGCAUCCUGCCUGAGGGCAGACUGGAGAGCGCUCUGGGCAUGCGGGUGCAGGGGGACGGCCGGGAGUGCGGUCAGGGCUACCGCUACCAGGCCAUGGUGUGCUACGACCAGGACAACAGGCUGGUGGAGACCUCGCGCUGCAACAGCCACGGGUACAUUGAGGAGGCCUGCAUCAUCCCGUGUCCCUCAGACUGUAAGCUCAGCGAGUGGUCCAACUGGUCGCGCUGCAGCAAGUCCUGCGGCAGCGGGGUGAAGGUGCGCUCCAAGUGGCUCAGGGAGAAACCGUACAACGGAGGGAGACCCUGCCCCAAGCUGGACCACAUCAAUCAGGCUCAGGUGUACGAGGUGGUCCCCUGCGUGAGCGACUGCACUCAGUAUGUUUGGGUGACCGAGCCGUGGAGUAUGUGGAAGGUCAGCAACGUGGACCUGAAGGAGAACUGUGGUGAAGGAGUGCAGACCAGGAAAGUCAGGUGUAUGCUGAACACUGUGGACGGCCCCACCGAUGCUGUAGAUGACUACCUGUGUGACCCAGAGGAGAUGCCCGCAGGGACCCGGGAGAGCCGGCUGCCCUGCCCGGAGGACUGCGUGCUGUCUGACUGGAGCCCCUGGACUCCCUGUGAGCUGCCCUGCAGUGGUCGAGGCGAUAGGCAGAGGACGGCCUAUGCCCUGCGGCUGCCCAAAGAGGGCAGAGAGUGUCCUAAAAGCAUGGAGACCGAGCCCUGCCUGCUCAACAGGAACUGCUACCAUUACAGCUACAACAUCACAGAUUGGAGCACGUGCCAGUUGAGUGCCAGCGCUGUGUGUGGAGUCGGGCUGAAGACCCGCAUGCUGGACUGCGUCAGGAGCGAUGGGAAAUCUGUGGACCUCAAGUUCUGUGAGGAGCUGGGACUGGACAGGAAGUGGCAGAUGAACGCGUCCUGCACGGUGGAAUGUCCUGUGAACUGUCAGCUGACGGAGUGGUCAGUGUGGACGGAGUGCUCUCAGACCUGUGGACUGGAAGGGAGGAUGUCUCGGAGCCGGUCGGUGGUGCAGGCGUCUCGGGGGGACGGACGGCCGUGUCCGGCUCAGAUGGAGCAGUGGAAGCCCUGUCCGGUUCGACCGUGCUACCGCUGGAACUACAGCCAGUGGUCCGAGUGCAGAGUGGAGGAUGUGGUGUGUGGUGAAGGACGGCGCUUCAGGAAUCUGUCCUGCUUUGUGUCGGAUGGGUCCAGAGACGUCCCCGGCAGUCUGGUGGAGGAGGAUCUGUGUGCUGCUCUGGAACCGGCUGUAGAUGGAGAUAAAAACAUUGUGUUGGAGGAGGGCUGUACUUUACCCUGCCCAGGUGACUGUUAUCUGAUGGAGUGGUCUGACUGGAGUUCGUGUCAGAGUGUGUGUAUGAAGGGUCAGAGGCUGGAUUUCAGUGCGGUUCAGGUCCGUUCCCGCGCUGUCGUCGCUCAGGAACCAGAAAACAUCGCCCAGUGUCCCGAUCAGGAGUGGCAGUCCCGGCCCUGUACAGACGGCGAGUGUUUCGAGUAUAAGUGGGUGAACACUCCUCGUCUGGUGUGGUGUGAGCGCUCAGACGGAAUAAAUGUCACAGGAGGCUGCCCACCCACAAGCCUGCCUGGAACAGAGGGGACCUGUGACCCACCGUGUGAUCAGCCUCGCUCCUUCUGCUCUGAGGAAGCUCUGUGUGUGUGUGAGGAGGGCUACACUGAGGUGGUGACUCCGGAGGGUCUGCUGGAGCAGUGUGCUGAGAUUCCUGUGCUGGAGAUUCCCACUGCAGGAGACAGGAACUCCGACGUGAAGACCAGCCGUGCCGUGGACCCCACCGCCCCCACCACAGGGCAGCCGGGACGCCCCGGACGCACCUGGUACCUGCAGCCCUUCGGACCUGAUGGUAAACUGAAGACCUGGGUGUACGGCGUGGCCGCCGGAGCCUUCGUCCUGCUGGUCUUUAUAGUCUCCAUGAUCUACCUAGCAUGCAAAAAGCCAAAGAAACCCCAGCGAAGACAAACCAACAACAACAGGCUGAAGCCCCUCACUCUGGCCUACGAUGGCGAUGCUGACAUGUAGCCCUGCUCGGGAAGACCACCAACACACACAAUCAAACACACACACACACACACACACACACUCUCUCACGUUGAGCAAUGCCUAACUCUUACAGAUCUCUUCUGGAUUCUGGAGCCCUUCUCAUCAUCAUCUGCCUGAAUAGCUGAAUAACUUUACUAGCUGAAGGUCCUUGUUGUUGUUUUUUAUCUAUAUCUCUUCUUUUGUUACAGCAGAGCCUUCACCACUCCCGCUCACAACGGGAGGACGCCUUUUUUUACGUUAUUCUUACGUUAUCUGCUUGUCUGAGAAGGUCCAUCCUCUCAGAACUGAUCAGCCUGGUGACGAAUGUUACCCAACAUUUUCUCAGCUGACGAUUUUUAUUAUUAUCAAGGCCAAGGGAGGACGAAGGAAUCGAGUAAAGGCCAAAAUAUUAAAAACAUAUAUAAAAAAACAAGAAUACAGGACUACACAGUAUUUCCAAACAUUCUAACGGACUUGUCUUUCUUCUUGCGAGCUCCCGGGCAGCAGCCUUUCUAUGGAAGGUGAAAGCGUAGAGGAACCCAAUCGCUCUCCUGGAAGUACUGCCUCUCUCCUCCUCUCCUCGUUCCAGGCACUAUUGCACUAUAUUAGUGCAGCAUGAUAUGCACUUCAGUCAGGGUUUGCCGCUGAACUUCGGCAGGAACGUGCUCAGCCGGGCUGUCGAGAAAGAAAAUAAGAAGAAAAAAAUGGAAAUAAAAAGAGAAGAUGAGAGAAAAACAGAAAAAAAGAGUAAAAAUGUGGUUGGGACGUCGGUCGUACUUCAAAGCCGAAGUUUUUCUCAUUUGCUUGAUCUGUUUUAUUUUCUCUCUCUGUUGGGAUUUUUACA